GCACCACUGGCCCGAGUAGUGAGGGGCAGGCCCUGGACCCAGUUCGGGUGGGGAGAGGCACGGAGGACCCCCUGUGGCAGCUGGGCCUGCAGAAUCAGGGGACAUUCCCAGUAGGCUCCGCGGGCUCUGGGCUGGGGGUGCCACACGCAGCUGGCUUGGCUGCGGCCAGCAGGGCAGGCGGACGGGAAGGGAGGAUCCCAGCAGUUGUUCCAGUGGGUUCCGGGGUCUGAGGAGGCUGCCUGCGUGGGUCUGGGCGUCACAGAACCUGUGCAGAGUGUCACUCAGAACAGGGCGAGAACAAGCAGAACCCCGCGAAAACGAGGAGAGAGGCUCCUCAGGGGCUGUAGAGAUUUCAUACACGGUGAAAGGGCCCAUGAAAAUGUAAUUUCUGGCAAAUGUGCCGUUGAUAAUUCAGCAGAGGUGGAAUGGGGGUAACUGGUGGAAGACUUCUGCUCUGGCUACAGUCUGAUCUCCUGCCUCCCUAGCGGCCUGUGGCCUGGAGGCUCCCAGGGGGCCGUGGCUGAGGAAGUGGGCGCCCGCGUGCCGGACACCAGUGAACCUGACACUGCAGCCACGGGCUCCAGGACUCUUCCCUGCCUGUGUGGGGAGGGGGCCGGCGGAGCAGAACACACCGACCUGGCUGCAGGCCCUCCCCUGAGUGGACUGAACCCCCUUCCCUACCUCACCUAAAGCCCCAGGACCAUGAACAACAGUACCUGCGGCUCCAGGGAGCUCCCCGGGCCCCAGGCGGUCAAGUACAUCUUAUUCAUCUACACGGGCGGGCUCCUGGUGCUGGGUCUGCUGCUCAACAGCCUGGCACUGUGGGUGCUGUGCUGCCGCCUGCUGCGCUGGACGGAGACCCGCGUCUACAUGGCCAACCUGGCCGUGGCUGACCUCUGCCUGCUCUGCGCCCUGCCCUUCUUUCUGCACUUCCUGAAGAGCAGCACAGACUCGCCACUCUGCCAGCUGUCCCAGGGCAUCUACCUGGCCAACAGGUACAUGAGCAUCAGCCUGGUCAUGGCCAUCGCCGUGGACCGCUACGUGGCCGUGCGGCACCCACUGCGAGCCCGCGGGCUCCGCUCCCCACGCCAGGCCGUGGCCGUGUGCGCCGUGCUCUGGGUGCUGGUACUGGGCUCCCUGGUGCUUCGCUGGUUCCUGAAUAUGCAGGACGGCAGCUUCUGCUUCUCCAGCCGCUCCAGGCAGAAAUCCUACACCGUGGUCUUCUCACUGCUGGGCUUCUACCUGCCGCUGGCCGUGCUGGUCUUCUGCUCUCUGCAGGUGGUGACCGCCCUGGCCCAGAGGACAGCCGCCGACGCAGUCCAGGCGGAAGCCACCCGGAAGGCCUCCCGCAUGGUCCUGGCAAACCUGGCCGUGUUCGUGGUCUGCUUCCUGCCCUUCCACGUGGUGCUGACUCUGCGCGCGGCCAUGGGCCUGCGCACCUGUGCCAUCGGUCUUGCCCUCCAGAUCACUAGCAGACUCUCGGACGCCAACUGCUGUCUGGACGCCAUCUGCUACUACUUCAUGGCCAAGGAGUUCCAGGAAGCAUCUGCGCUGACCGCCCUCCGCACCAGAGCCAAGGCCCACAAAAGCCAGGACUCUCUGUGUGUGACCUUGGCCUAGGAGGUGGGCCACGGGCUCCUGGGCGGUGCUGCCGAGGCGGGGACUCGUGAGCAGCGACGAGGAGCUCCGGGGUCGGGCUGGGGGCGCUCUCACGAGGCACAGGUGGGCAGAACAGCCCAGGCACGGAGCGUGGGGAGGAGACACCCCUAGCCCUGGGGCCGAAGAGGGGCAGGGAAGAUGGCAGGAGGAUGAGGCCUGAGCGAGGCCAACGCCAGGGGCCCUGGGUGGGGCUGCACCCGGAGCCUGGUACCUCUGGGGUGCCGGGGGGUGGGGCCUCCUGGGUGCUGCGAAGCUCUGAUGGCUAGCUUUCUGCUGCUGCCCCACAGGGGCCGGAAUAAAGCUCUCGACCAAG